AGCUCGUCAACCUCCGUGGCCACAGCCGAACUGAUUCUCCAAGACGGGCAGCUCCAAGAAUUCUCAGACCCAGUUACGUACUCCAGAAGAUCAGCUCCCCGGGCUUUGUAUGUGACGCCGACGACAUGGAUGUCGGAGGCUUUGUUACAGCUGUUAAUGGGGAAGAAGAGCUUCAGCUGGGUCAGCUUUACUUUGUGUUGCCGGUGAGUUGGUUGAAUAAGCCGCUUCAGGCAGAUGAGAUGGCGGCUUUGGCUGUUAGGGCAAGUUUGGCGCUUGGCAAUAUGAGACGGAGUAAUAGGUGUUGUUGUAAAGGAGGGGAUGAUCAAAUUGUAUGUAGUACUAUUAAGAAGGAUGUCAAGCCUAAGAUGGCAGCCGGCAGCGGCAGUUUUGGCGUUCAUCGAGACACAGUGAGGAAAAGAAGAGGGAGAAGCGGACGCCAUGGUGGUGGUGGAAGUUAUACCUCUAUGGCAAAGUUGAGUGUGAUUUUGGAAGACGAGGAUAGGGAAGAGGGUGGUGAGAUUUGGGUUCUGCAAUGAUCUCCAUGGUUAGUGUUUAUAUAUUCGAAAUUAACAACACCCUAAUUCUGUUUCUGGAGUUGCGUAUGCUUGUUUUUAUGAGCAUAGAGGAUGGACAACUGAUUUCAAAUGAAUAUAUGAACAUCUUAGAAGUGGAUCACAAUCACAGACAGUAUACAUAAGGAAUUGUCUCUGUCUCUCUGAUCAUUUCUAUUACACAGUUUUGCAUAAUUAUUGAAAUCUUUAUUUUCUAAUCGUCCUUUAAAGAGAUGUCUUUGCCAGUACAUAUUCUUUUCUUUUCUUUUUCUUUUAUAACCUACUCUGGGGCAUAUCUU